AUGCUCGUGUCUUACGGUAUUUCUAUCGCAGUGAUCAAUUCUGUGGUUAACGCACUGUGCGACCCUUUACGCAAGCACUUGACAAGGUUUAUGGAUCCGUUUAUGAUUGUUGCGUUACGAGGACUCAUUCAAGCGCCGAUUUUUGUACUGUGGGCCAUUGUAGACUCAGGAGGCCAUCCACCACCGUUAAAUCAUCUUUUUUGGACGUCUGUGUGUAUUAGCGGCUGCAUCAACAUUAUUACGAGUUAUCUGUACAAUCGAGCAAUUCAGAUCUCGACGUUAUCUGCUACAAUUCCAUUUCUUUCAUUUACACCAGCAUUUCUGGUAAUUGUUGCUUUCCUUGUACUUGGUGAAGUCCCGACAGCUUUGGGUGUGCUAGGUAUCUCUAUUGCAGUCAUGGGUGGCUUUUGGCUGCAGGGUGCCAAAGAUGCUCAGGCAAGUAAGGAGAUGCUCAUAGACUCAUCAGCUGCCAGCAAAGGACCAGUUUACAUGAUCCUUGUGGCUUUCUUAUGGAGUAUUUCAAGCGCAUUUGAUAAAAUUGGAGUACAAAACUCGACCCCGUUGGUAUAUGGUGCUACGAUUCAGGUCAUUGUGGCUGGUGGUAGUUACGUACUUCAAAAAAUGCGCAUUGGAGGUGGGGAAGUUGAUCUUAUAAUCGGACAAGAGACAAAAACUCCAUGGAAAUAUAUCAUUCUUGCUGGUCUUACCAGUGUCGUAUCAUAUUAUAUUAACCUCGUAGCCAUGCAGCAUCUCGAGGUUUCGUACGUGAUUGCGAUGAAGCGAUCAGGAUGCAUAUGGAGCGUUUUAAUGGGGCGCUUUCUGUUUCGAGAACGGAAUCUGCGCAAGAAGAUUCCCAGCAUUUUGCUGAUGGUCCUUGGUGUUACGUGUAUUGUCAUGGGUAAAAAGUAA